CCGCCCCCUCCCCCUUCCCUCCAUCCUCCCUGGCUACCUCACUCCUCCACCCCAUCCUCCCAUUUGACCAGCACCGCCACCACCACACCAGAGAGAGAGAGAGAGAGAGGGAUUAGAAUCUGGGGGUACACGUGUGAGAAACCUCCCUCGUAGAUCAUCACCACGGUCUUUGGGUUCGAUUCGAUUCGGGUCGAGAUGCGAAGCUCAUAAUUGACCCGACCCGACUGUUUCCCUUCCCGACUCUCUCUGUCUCUCUCUUCCUCAUUCCCCGUGUGUAAUGGACUUUUGAAAUGAGUAGAUGUGCUGGGGAAAUGUGAAUUGGGGAGGUGGAUGCAGGUGGGAUCCUAAUUCCAUUUCCAUUCCCAUUCCCAUUCCCCCCCUCCCCUCUUUCCACUCCCAUCGCCACCUCCGCCACACCCCCCCACCAUUCCCACCAUUCCCACACGAAGAAGGAGAAGAAACAGAGAGGGAGGGAGAGAGAGAGAGAGAGAGGGACAGAGGGACAGAGAAGAAUCAGACUUGCCGGGGGGUUUCCUUUUGUUGUUCCUGUCUCUUUUUCUCUCUCUCUCUCUCUCUCUCUGUCACUUCUCAUCUCGCCGCCCCCUUCUCUCCUCUUCCUCUCUCCGUUUUGUCUGACUCUCUCUCUCACUCUGAUUCUGGUGGAGAGAAAAAAAGAAAACGCUGCCAUUCCAUUCCCCCUAUUUUAUCGUUUUGCGGCCGUUUUUUGGGAUCUUCCUGGCGUUCGCCGUCAGAUCUGCUCCCUCCGCCCAUCCCCUUCUCCACCGUCUGAUGUAGUCUCUCUCGAUCCGUCCGUCCGUCCGUCCGCCCCUCCGUCCUCCUCUCCUUAUAUACCCCUCUCCCGCCGGCAGGCGGUCCGCCAUGGGCCAAUGCUACGGCAAGACCGCCCCCGCCGCCCCCUCCUCCUCCGACCCCGUCGCCGUCUCCGUCUCCGUCUCCGUCUCCGUCUCCGGCGAUCACAAUCCCUCCCAGCCUCCCCCUUACUCCUCCUCCACUCCCUCCCACGCCCGCCAUGGCAGCACCACCCCUGCCCGCCCCUCUAACCCUAGCCCCUGGGCCAGCCCCUAUCCCCACGGCGUCGGCGUCUCCCCGUCCCCGGGGAGGGCUACCCCGCGUCGCAAGUUCUUCCGGCGCCCCUUCCCUCCGCCCUCCCCUGCCAAGCACAUCAAGGCUUCUCUGGCCAAGCGCUUCGGCUACAUGUCCCCCAAGCACGGGACGAUCCCCGAGGAAGGCCGCGAGGGAGAUGUCGGAGCGGGAGGUGGUGGAGGGGCGGCGGGGGCGGGGGCGGUGGCGGCGGAGGCGGAGGCGGAGGCGCAGCAGCUGGAUAAGAGCUUCGGGUACAACAGGAACUUCGGGGCCAGAUACGAGCUCGGGAAGGAAGUCGGGAGGGGCCAUUUUGGUCAUACUUGCUCUGCCAGGGGCCGGAAGGGCGACCUCAAAGAUCAGCUUCUCGCCGUCAAGAUCAUCUCCAAAGCUAAGAUGACGACCGCAAUAUCAAUUGAAGAUGUCCGCAGGGAGGUGAAAAUCUUGAAGGCUCUAUCCGGCCACAAGCACCUUGUCAAAUUUUAUGAUGCAUGUGAGGAUGCCAAUAACGUUUACAUAGUCAUGGAAUUGUGUGAAGGUGGGGAACUUCUUGACAGAAUUUUAUCGAGAGGAGGCAGAUAUGCCGAGGAAGACGCGAAAGUAAUAGUUGUGCAAAUUCUUAGCGUCGUCGCAUUUUGUCAUCUGCAAGGUGUUGUGCAUCGUGACUUAAAGCCAGAGAAUUUCCUAUUCACAUCUAGAAGUGAAGAUGCUGAUAUGAAGCUUAUUGAUUUUGGUCUUUCUGACUUCAUCCGACCAGAGGAAAGACUGAACGAUAUUGUUGGAAGCGCAUACUAUGUGGCUCCUGAAGUCCUUCAUAGAUCUUAUAGUCUGGAAGCAGAUAUUUGGAGCAUUGGCGUGAUCACAUAUAUUCUGUUAUGUGGAAGCCGCCCGUUUUGGGCAAGGACAGAAUCUGGAAUUUUUCGUGCUGUACUAAGGGCUGAUCCUAAUUUUGAGGACUUACCAUGGCCUUCUGUCUCUCGGGAGGCCAAGGACUUCGUAAAAAGGGUCUUGAACAAGGACUAUAGAAAAAGAAUGACUGCUGUACAAGCUUUGACUCACCCUUGGUUGCGGGAUGAAAGUCGUCCGAUUCCUUUGGACAUAUUGAUCUUUAAGCUAGUUAAAUUGUACCUUCAUGCAACGCCUUUGAAACGAGCAGCUUUGAAGGCUCUCUCAAAAGCUUUGACAGAAGAUGAGCUGGUAUAUCUUAGGGCUCAGUUCCAGUUGCUGGAACCAAAUAAAGAUGGGUUUGUCUUUCUUGACAAUUUCAAAAGGGUUCUUGAACGAAAUGGUACCGAUGCUGUGAAGGAAUCCAGGGUUCCUGAGAUCCUGAAAGCAAUGGAGCCUCUUGCUUACAGAAGGAUGAGCUUUGAAGAGUUUUGUGCGGCUGCAAUCAGUGUACAUCAACUGGAGGCUCUUGAAGGGUGGGAGCAGAUAGCUUCUGAUGCUUUUGAUCACUUCGAACGAGAGGGUAACCGAGUCAUCUCAGUUGAAGAGUUGGCCCGGGAAUUGAAUGUUCACCCUUCAGCAGCUCACUUGAACCUAAAAGACUGGAUCAGAAACUCAGAUGGAAAACUUAAUUUGCUUGGAUAUACCAGAUUUUUACAUGGUGUGACGCUUCGAAGCUCAAAUGCCAGACAACGUUAGAAUCUUUUUCUUUCUUUUCCAGUAUUUCUUCUCCUUGGGGGUUUUCUUUGGCUCAGCGUAUAUCUGCCAAUUCUUAUGGUUUCUGAGGGUUUGGAGGUUUUCUUUCCCUUUUCUCUCUCUCGUGGGCAGGCAGGAUUGGAAAAAAAAGAAAAAAAGAAGAUUAAAGGGGUUCUAUUAGUUUAAUGCUGUGAUUAUUGCGUUUAAUUCAGGUUGAAUGAUAUCCUUGCGGGUGCACUAGCUUACUUUUCUUUUGGAUGUUUCAUUCUUUUUUUUUUUUUCAUUUUCUUGUGCGGGGAGAGAGACUCACAAGUUGGGAGGAGUUGGCAACUGGACAUUUAUGAACUAUCUAUUGAGUAUUGAGCUAGGUGCUGGGACUUGAGAGAGAGAGAGAGAGAGAGAGAGAUUUCUGGAGGAAGCACUUGAUCCGUUAUUCCACUGUCCUGCGUCCACUUUGUUGUGAUGAAGAUGACCAAGAACAUGCGCGAGUUAGAUUAGUGUCUUGAGAAAUUCUAUCAUGUAAUCAAAAUGUACAAAUUUUGUACUUUUUAAUACACUAGACGUUUUAGCCGCAGACUCUUUUUUGGGACCUCGUGUUAAUGUGUUCUCAAAA